AUGGAGGUCCAGUGGUUUAGAGUUCACCUACCGAGGCUGGGCCUGAUCUUCUCUACGCUGCUCGGCAUGUGGUCUGUUCAGGCCCUUGAGAUGAUUGUUGGGAAGAUUCCCUUUCUGCAGGCCGUGAAUGGCAGCACAGUCAUGUUGCCUUGCACGUACGCCAGCUGUAUUGGCAUCCAGGACCUCUACUUCAACUGGCAAUUCAAUGACAACGGCACCAUGCAGAAGGUGUGUGAGUCAUUGAUAGUGAAUGAGGGGGUGGAGCCACAUGUGGAAAUAUUUCGAGAGCGGGUGGAGUUUGUGGGGAAGAACCGUAACAACAACGUCUCCAUCUUGCUGUGGAACAUCACCUUUGAGGAUGGAGGCCUGUACACUUGUUUUGGACGCAAUCCCAAAGAGAAGGGCAGGAACCACAGUGCCAUCUUCAAACUCAUCGUGGUGGACGAGUUGAGGGUGGUGGACAACACGCUGACCAUCAUGAUAGCCUCCGCUGUGGGCGGAGCCAUCGCAGCAUUAAUGGGCUUCAUGUUGCUCAAGAACUUCACUAUCUUUGUUCUUUCCAAGAUUGAGGAGAAAAAUAAGGAGUGCCUUGUAACAUCAUCAGGGAUCGACAACACAGAAAAUGGCCUCUCAGGAUCCAAAGCUGAUUCAAAACCAACGCCAAAAAAGAAAUGA